UCUCCAUUCAUCUCACGCAAUUCCUCCUAUAUAUAUACGUUACAAAAUGGCAGCGGCCAUUAGACUUGCUGCGUACACUUCUCUUGCUUCAAUUCCAUCUUCAUCUUCCUCCAUUUUCAUCAACUUUAGAUCCAUCUCCCAUCUGGGUAUUUCAAUUUCUGCAAACCCCUUGUUGUUCUGUUCUAGAAGAGGCAAACGUAUGGCUCAUGCUGUUGCUAAGGCCACUCUUGGCCUCACUCAUCCUGGCCAAAUCGAUCACCCCAAGAUCUCUUUUGCUGCUAAAGAGACCGACUUGGUAGAAUGGAAAGGAGAUAUACUCGCAGUGGGUGUCACAGAGAAAGACAUGGCAAAAGAUGAGAAUUCAAAAUUCCAAAACUCGAUCUUGAAGAAGCUAGAUUCUCAAUUGCAUGGAUUAUUGUCUGAAGUAUCCACUGAGGAAGAUUUCACUGGAAAGGACGGCCAGUCAACUGUUAUUAGGAUUGCUGGUCUUGGAUCCAAACGGGUUAACCUGAUUGGGAUCGGAAAGGUUCCCACAGGUUCAUCCACUUUUGCUUAUCGUGGUCUUGGUGAGUCUGUUGCAUCAGCAGCAAAGGCUUCUCAAGCAAACAAUGUUGCCAUUGCCCUUGCUUCCUCAGAAGGCUUAACUCCUGAGAUGAAGCUCGCCAUUGCUUCAGCGAUAGCAAAAGGCGCAUUGCUGGGUACUUAUGAGGAUAACAGAUUCAAAUCCGAGUCUAAGAAGGCAGCUCUGAAGUCUGUUGACCUUUUUGGUCUUGGAGCUGGACCCGAGCUGGAAAAGAAACUUAAGUAUACAGAAUAUGUCUGCGCAGGCAUAUUUUUGGGAAAAGAGCUUGUAAAUGCACCUGCUAAUGUGCUCACUCCUGGGGUACUAGCAGAAGAGGCUGAAAAGAUUGCUUCUACAUACAGCGACGUACUUACCGCAACAAUUUUGGAUACCGAGCAAUGCAAGGAAUUGAAAAUGGGUUCGUAUCUUGGUGUUGCUGCUGCUUCCACAAAUCCUCCUAAAUUUAUCCAUUUAUGUUAUAAACCUCCAAAUGGAUCCAUCAAAACCAAGCUAGCUAUAGUGGGAAAGGGAUUGACUUUUGACAGUGGUGGCUACAACAUUAAGACAGGACCUGGUUGUUUAAUAGAGAUGAUGAAAGUUGAUAUGGGAGGCUCAGCAGCAGUUUUAGGUGCUGCAAAAGCCCUUGGUGAAAUUAAACCGGCUGGAGUUGAGGUUCAUUUUAUUGUGGCAGCAUGUGAAAACAUGAUAAGCGGAACUGGUAUGAGGCCUGGAGACAUAUUGACGGCCUCAAACGGAAAGACAAUCGAGGUUAAUAAUACCGAUGCUGAAGGCAGACUUACACUUGCUGAUGCUUUGGUGUAUGCCUGUAAUCAAGGUGUAGACAAGAUAGUUGAUUUGGCAACUUUGACUGGAGCUUGCGUAGUUGCUCUUGGGCCCUCAAUUGCAGGCAUCUUCACACCCAGUGAUGAAUUGUCUAAGGAGGUGGUUGCUGCCUCUGAAGUCGCUGGAGAAAAACUCUGGAGGUUGCCGAUGGAGGAAAGUUAUUGGGAGUCGAUGAAAUCUGGAGUAGCUGAUAUGGUUAACACUGGUGGUCGUCAGGGUGGUUCUAUUACUGCAGCUCUUUUCUUGAAGCAGUUUGUUGACGAGAAAGUACAAUGGUUGCAUAUCGACAUGGCUGGGCCUGUGUGGAAUGACAAGAAAAAAGCGGCAACAGGAUUUGCUAUCCCGACUUUGGUCGAAUGGGUUUUGUCCAACUCUUCCCCUUAAAUCCUUUUAUCUUAUCGUGGGCGAUUAUGGUGACGGAAAACAAGUCCGGCAUCGUUAUCCGGAGGACUAGAAACCUUGAGAAAUCGUUGGGAUGAUGUUGGUAUAAUUAAAGAGCAAGUAUUUGGGAAAUGUGCGUAACACCACAAAAAAGACGGUUCAAUAAGAUCAACCUGGUAAAAAAACAUCAGAAAUCGUUUGAAAAUAACAGUUAUGGUAAAAACACCUUUUGAGUCU